GGAUGGACGUUUGUCAGUUACCAUCAUUGGCGAGAGAACCAAGAGCUGAGAGAGCUGCAGAGUGAUUUGUCAGGGGAUGCUGCCUCUAAUAAUGGUGGACAGAAAACCACUUGCUGUGAUAGCUGUGCAUGGGAAGACUUGUUGAUGACAUUAGGCCCCGAAACACUAUCACUGUAGGGGUCAGAAAUACCUGCUAAUGACAGUGUCUGGAAUCUUAGGAUUUCUCGCUUCACUUACCAAACAGUGAAGUGACAUAUCGUUGCCAUGUUCAAAUAUUCAAAAGCUUCCCCCUCCAUCGCUGCCAAAAUGAGUGUGAAACAUUUAUUUUCUUAAUGUUCAAAGGUUAUCAUUUAUUUCUUUUAUAGAGUCAGUGACAUUAAUAUAUAUCUGGUUCACUUUUGGAAAAAGCUAAAUAUUUAGUUGCUUAAAUGAGAAGAUAUGAGGUUGGUUUGUCGUGGACGUGGUGACGGUAAUAUGUGCGACAGUUAUAAUACAGCGUGAUACACGACCACGGUUUUAGUGCAAAGUGCAUGAAUGACAAAUUGCUUUCUCUGCUAAUAAUGUGUGCUGAAGCAAUUAUCAAGUGUUGUUUGAGAUGUACAUUUGGCUAAUGUCUGCUUUGUGGUGCUGAUUGCAAUGACUUUUCAUCUAGUGCUGGUCACACGAAGGUUGUUGAGCUGAGAGCAAGUUAUUGACACCAUCAAUCAGAACACUUUUAGCAAGGGCCAUGAAACACAAUAUAUGCAUAUUUUACCAUCAAAGCAUUGCAUUUGAACUUUUUCUCAAAACAGAUUUUAAUGCUUGUUUUGUUCAUAUAAAUGUUAUUCUGUGGAGGAAAAGCACUUUGGGAUUAGUUAUACAUGGUUCAAACAAGUGAUGCUCAUAGCUUGAAACUAAUAACCAGUGGGCGUGCCGAUGACUUACAUUUCUGUGACAGAUCAAAUUCAAAGGAAGUCUAGAAAACAUUAGGCAAAAAGCUAUCGUGUUUUAAGACAGUAAUAUGUUUAGUACAAGAUGAGGGAAUUACAUGGAUUUAUUUCAACCGAUAUUUAAAUGGCAUUAUGACAUGAUGAUUCUUGGAGUUAACAUCCGCAUUUUUUUUGUUCAAAUGUUGUUUACCUGGUAUUGAUAUAAACUUUCUUGGAUAGUCAUCAAGCUACGAUAGCCAAAUAUAAUUAACCAUUGGAAAAGAUAAUUAACUACAGAAAAAAAGAGAGAUCUACUUUGGCAAGUCUUGAUUCCAAAUUUAAUUAUUGCCAGGUCAUGACUUACACAAAAAAUUAGACUUGUAUGCUACCUCUCUAGUACUGGAAGUACUAUAAUUGUGCAUUUGUUAGACAAGCAAUGACAGUCUGGCAUAAUUAACAACAGAAAAAAACCUUCGACAUUAGGAUCUCUUGGUCUGAGGUUUGAUUAUUACAAAGGUGGUGAUCUACACAUCAGAAACACAAACCAAGAUGUCUUCUGAAGAUGACACCAUCAACAACCUCAGUGUCCCGUACACGUUUGACGAAUCUGAACUGGAGGGUGGCGAUGUCCUCAAGAAUGCCGAGUUUCGCUACUACCUCUCCGGUAUUGGCGGUACGAUUGUGUGUUCACUGGGGAUUAUCGGCAACAUUUUCUGCGUGAUUGUGCUGACCACCAAGAAGAUGAGGUCAUCGACAUACAUGUACCUUGCGGCGCUGGCCGUCUGCGACAUGCUGGUGCUGAUCACCACACUGAUGCUGUUUGUGAAGGACACCAAGCCACCCUUGAGUGACUCGAGCCUGGACCUGUAUUAUGCAUUCAUCUACCCGUUCAUCCACCCGAUAACUGUGACCUUUCAAGUGACCUCCAUAUGGCUGACCCUCGCGUUCACGGUCGACCGCUACAUCAUGAUCUGUCAUCCGUUCAAGGCUGAACGAAUGUGCUGCAGAAGUCGUGCCAAGAAGGUGAUCCUUGCCAUGUUUCUUGCUGGUAUCGGUUUCAACAUCCCAAGAUUCUUUGAGUAUUACACAGCAAGAAUUCGCAUUGAAGCGGGAAAUACCACACAAAUCCUGUACUACAUUGAUUUUACUACAUUUGGCAAAAAUGAAUAUUUUCGCGAAAUUGUGCAUUCAUGGUUGUAUUUGAUAUGUGUCUGUGGUCUACCUUUCCUGGCAUUGACAAUCAUCAAUGGAUUUCUCAUCCGGGCAGUACAUUUAUCAAGGAAGAAAGGCCGAGAGAUUAAUGCAAAAGAAAAGCGACGUAACGACACAACAAUUAUGCUGAUAGGUGUGGUGAUAAUAUUCCUUAUCUGUCAGGGUCCGGCCCUCGUUGCUAGGAUGAUGUAUGCAUUUACGGCAUUCAGAGACCUGUCUCGGAGCUACCACACGUUUAACGAAGUGGUCUUGUUUCUCGUCACGCUUAAUUCUGCAAUCAAUAUUGUGCCAUACUACUUUUUUGGAAAGAAAUUCCGUGCUGAGUUCUGGCGCUUGUUCUGUGUGUGUAUUUUUGAUGCCGAGCAGUUGAACAGACUCAGCCGUCGACUGAGCCUGUCUGUUGAUCACAAGAAAAACAACCAUGUGGAUCAGAUAGAGCUGAAUGGAAUCCACAGCAAGCUGGCCAAGUUCGUGGGUGUGCAGCACAAUGUGGCUAGCCCUUUAAUGGGAGACUCAGACCAGUCGGCUUCUGAAGUGUCUGACUACACAGCCAACGGGAAUCUUCAACCACCACAGUUUUACGCUAACCCCGCUCAACAGAAUAUUAGUACCAGUGGGUCCUCGGGAUAUCUUGUAACACGCCUGAACAACUCUUCUUGAUUACGCUGUGUUCAUUUGUCUUUAAUGUUGUACAGUGAAGCAUCAUGCAGACUUGUCAACCCACAGGGAUUCUUCAGGAUGAGACAGGUGUUUAUAAAGCUUUUAGAGUCUAGACUCGAGACUCUUAAUAAGAGUCUGAGACUUUAAUGUCAUGACAGUGCCAUACAAAUUGUAUGCAUGUGACAUCAUUAGAGGAUUGAGUCUGGACCC